UCAUGGAAAGCCAGUCUUUUCAAUGCAAACUUCAACUCCUCCUCCUCCCUCUAAUGCCUGUAACUCACAUCCGAGGCUGGGCGAGGAAUCCGGAGGGGAGAUUUUCCUCAUGCUCACGGUGGUUGGAAACUGGAAGAGUGAGAGGAAGGAGGAAGGGGAUUUGUGGAGCUCUCUACCUACUACGAGACUGACCAGGGGAGGGGGCACCUAGAUUUGCAUCUUUUCUUCCUGGUGAUUGAGAACUGCAGGUUCAACCCGAUCCCACUGAGCACUGGCGAUUGAUUAUUAAAAAGAAAAAGAAAGAAAGAAAGAAAAAGAAAAAAAAAUCGACACUGGGAGAAGGGAAGCUCUGUCUUCGGCUGCCAGACUCAGUCCCGGAGGUGGUAUUGGUGUGUGAGUGUGUGUGGUGGUGGUUUUUUUUUUUUUUUUUUUCUCUUCUUUCCUUUUUUUUUUCUUUUUCCUUUUCCUUCCUUCCUUCCUUUCUUUCCUUUUUUUCCCUUCUCUCCUAGGGGCUACACAAUGGCAGUCUUCUCUCAGUAAGAUGAAUCCUGCUUUGCCUUCUGCAGAUCCACCCAUCCUCAUAACGAUCAAGUAAAAGGCUAUGGUUUUCUCUUCGGGGAUCUUUUGUGCAUUACUGCUCUCCCUGAUUAGUUUUGGUCUCAGUUGGGAUUUCUUUGCCUUUUUGUUUGACUUCAUGCUGAAAAAGGAUUUUUUUCCCAACCUUUUGGUAAUAAUCCAGUGGUGAUCGAGGGGGGAUAAAUCAUUCACCCUGGCCGAGAAAAAACAAUCACUGAGAAGUCUCAAAGAAAUAUACCACGUGAGGGGAAAAAACUGGGAGAAGAUCCGGAAUAUUAUCGUUUUUCCUAUGGUAAAACCGGUGCCCCUCUUCAGGAGAACUGAUUUCAAAUUAUUAUUAUGCAACCACAAGGAUCUCUUGUUUCUCAGGGUGUCUAAGCUGCUGGAUUGCUUUUCGCCCAAAUCAAUGUGGUUUCUUUGGAACAUUUUCAGCAAAGGAACGCAUAUGCUGCAGUGUCUUUGUGGCAAGAGUCUUAAGAAAAACAAGAACCCAACUGAUCCCCAGCUCAAGGGUAUAGUGACCAGGUUGUAUUGCAGGCAAGGCUACUACUUGCAAAUGCACCCCGAUGGAGCUCUCGACGGAACCAAGGACGACAGCACUAAUUCUACACUGUUCAACCUCAUCCCAGUGGGACUGCGUGUCGUUGCCAUCCAGGGUGUGAAGACAGGGUUGUAUAUAGCCAUGAACGGAGAAGGUUACCUCUACCCAUCAGAACUUUUUACACCUGAAUGCAAGUUUAAAGAAUCUGUUUUUGAAAACUAUUAUGUAAUCUACUCAUCCAUGCUAUACAGACAACAGGAAUCUGGUAGAGCCUGGUUUUUGGGAUUAAAUAAGGAAGGGCAAGCUAUGAAAGGGAACAGAGUAAAGAAAACCAAACCAGCAGCUCAUUUUCUACCCAAGCCAUUGGAAGUUGCCAUGUACCGAGAACCAUCUUUGCAUGACGUGGGCGAAACGGUCCCGAAGGCUGGGGUGACGCCGAGUAAAAGCACAAGCGCGUCUGCCAUCAUGAAUGGAGGCAAACCAGUGAACAAGAGCAAGACCACAUAGCCAGACCCUCAGGUGUUGUGACUUACCAGUCCUGAGCGCAGGUGAGCGAUUUAUCCCCACCAGACUCUCCUGCUCCCGUGCCCACGAGCAGCGGGACGCAAGCAGAUGCCUGCCCUUGGCUGUCUCCGAACUUCUCUGUUGCAAGUGGAUAAAUCUCAACCUGUGGCCCCCCCCACACAGGAAGACACCUGGAUUACCAGCCAAACUCAGACCAUGGAAUGCCCUACCAGAUAUGGAAUGCCUUUUUAAUAUCUUUUCUGUGACUGUGACACUUCAUGUGAAUGACAUACUUCACAAGUACACUCGAUACCUUGCCUGCUGACAGCUACCCAUAACCCUUUUUGAGUCCUGUUUCAGCGAGAUCCAUGUGUUUAAGUUCAAUUUUGUAGCACACGAAUAAUAUUGAGUAAUUUCUAGUUAGACGCUGUAAACCUGUGCUAUUAUGGAUUUCUCUUCUUCCCGUUUUUACAGGGCUGCUCGCUCCACUGUCUGUGACCUUUUGCAGGGGUUGUGUUCCUCUAGAUCUUACGUGUGGUAGUUGGCUUAGUUCGGAGAGCAAUCAGGGAAUCAGGAAGCCUCCUAAACCUAUUAUUACAAAUUGCACCUAUAAAGAUUAAGAUCGUUGUCUCUGGCUCACAUAACCGAUUAAACACACAUAUACACUCUAUCCAGUAGCAGAUUCUGUGCUCCCAGGGUUGGCAUUGCCUGGGUGGGAAGAGGUCAAACACAAUCCAUGGGACGGUCUCUAAGGUACGUGUUUGACACCCCCUCUAGUUUCUGUGUGUGUGUGUGUGUUUUAUACAUAUCACAAGCUUACUGGUAAUGGUAACAUUUGCCUUGCCCAGCGAGCAAGACCCACUGGUUUUUGAGAAUGUGGGUCCAAAGAAUUCUGUAGGCCUUGUAGGCCUGAUUAAGGUUCAUUUUUCAUCUAUUAAUCCUCAUUAUUGGGAAAAAAAAGGAAAAUAAUAACAACAAAAACAACAACAAAAACAACAACAAGGAGAAAUAAAUCAUUACAACUUACAUGAAAUGCGCUACCUAAGUCCAUGUCCGAUCUCCUCCUUCCUGUUUUUAAUGAACCGAAUUUAAUGCCACCUGUUUGGGGCUGCCACUCAUCCUCAGCCGAGCAUGGGCCAGGCCACUGGGCUGUUGUGUUCCUUUCUGCAGCAGCAGUGCAAACGUUAGUUAUAAAUUAGACUUUAAUAUUUUUGGUGUUUAAUGACAAGUUUUUAAACUGGACAUAUUAGGAAAAAAUAUUUUUUUUAGCUCAGCAUGCUGAGUCCAGUACUGUGGACCUCACCAGUACAUACCUCUAACUCAGCUCUUCGGGGCACCCAUUGCCCAAAGGCUGGGUUAGAGGUGCCUUGCCAUGAUCUCAGAAUACCGUCUGUUGAAUUAUCCUAGAUGCAAAUAAAGGCAAACCAACACACUCCAACAUCAGGUUUUAUGCCAUUCCAUAUAUUUGCUUUUUUUUUUAAUUUUGCUUUCUUGAUUUCUUUUUUGAUUGAAUACCACUAAUCUCUGAGUUUAGGGAAGACAACUGGUAAGAAGGCCGUGAAUCAUUGAAUACAUAUUGAAACUUCCAUGCAAAAUGUUCAAUAUUGGAUAUCAAGAGCUUUAAAAUGUUUAAUACUAAACUGUUUGGAAAUAUAUUUGUUAACUCUGUGUACACUUAAUAAAAUUCAAUGUUUCUUCUCAGAAGAGUUGAGACCAAAUUGAACCUCAUUUAUAGAAAACAGUAUGUGAGAAUCAAUGUACCAGCCUCUUGCUGUAAUUUCCAUGUGGAAGGAUGACCUGGUUACCAUCUUACCCCAGCUGCACUGUGGGGACUGGGAAAUUAUCUUGUCACCGCUUUCAUACAUCACCAUGACAGCCCUUACCCAGCAUUGAAAUUUUUUUGGCCUGCUUAGCUGAUUAAAGUUUCAGUACAAAUUUAACUGUUUAUGCUUAUUUCAUUUUCACGUUAGAUUCCACUUUAAUAAAUAAAGAAUUAGCAUACUGUUUGAGUAGAUUUAUUGUCAAUAAUGCUAAAUUACAAAGACAAAAAAAAAUGAUUCUUUGACCAUUCUUGAUUUGGUAUACCCCAUUUUAAAGCCUACUGUUUUUAACAAGAUGUGCUAAACUGUAUUAAACAAAUUCCAUUAAUUAAUUAUUUAGGGAAGACAGGUAUCCCAUAAUAUGUGGCAAACAACGAAUAGCUUUUAAUUCCAAUUAGACAGGCUUAUAGACAUGCGUAAACCAUCACUCACACACACACACACACACACCCGAAACAGCCCCACCUAUUUGUUUUUGGCCAUCUGUCCUACUUGCCAGUUUCUUCGACCCCACAAGCCUGUUUACUGGUUAUAAUGAAGACAAGAUUUAUUUUUGUAAAUGAUGAAGAUUUAUGUAAUGUCGUACCUCUGUUUUGUUUUUUCUGGGUUGUCUAUAAGGGCAUUUAUCGCUAUGACUAGAUGUCAAAAUACUUUCUUCUAACACGUGUUUAGACGUAUUGCAGAGGGUCUUUGCUAUUUGUAAUUUAGUUGGAUCAUUACGUUGUGUCUGGGCUCACCUGUUGCAUGGGAAGAGGACAGCACUGACGAACUGCAUGCAGUAGGACCUGUGACCAAGAACUGUUGGUAUGUAGAACUCGAUUGACAUACAGAGUUUGUCUGCACUGUACAGUUUCUGUGUUUAUUAUCAUCUGUUGUAUUCACAAAUACAACAUAUUGAAUAAAAUAUUUAUAUGAAGGCAUUCAAAAAAACAUUAAACAAUUUUAUGUAACAAAAUGGAAUCGCGUCACCCACAAAUAUAGAGCAAUGUCAUGUAAAUAAGUUGGUAAACACAAUUUCUCCCUUUUACCAUGCCAAAGAAAAUUUUAGCUCUUUGAUAAUACCUCUCUUGCUAUUCUUCCAGGAUAAGACUCCACCAUUUUUUUCCCUCAGAAAUUAAGUUUGCUAUUAUUAAGUACAAUCUGUCACUAUUGAUGUUCUGUAUAGUAAAUAUGAUGGAAUUCAUUUGUACUAAUAGAUCGUGUGUUUUGUACCUCCAUGUACAUACAUCCAUUGUUUCAAGUCCCCAUAAAAUCCCAUUCCUUCUGCAUGCAUAUCUGGCGUGGGAGGCUCUUUCUACUGAUUUGUUAUGGUAGCUGAUUGCUUUGCCCAUCCCUCAACAAUGCUCAGAAAUGUUCAUUGCUUUGUUAUUUCAAGUGACAUUAUUUCUGUUUUCUAAUAAGUUUACUUUGUAAAAUUUGCUACCACUUUACUUAGAAAAAUCAUAGAAGACAGGAAAAUAGUCCACAGUAUAAAGGUAAAAUGGAACUGAUCAUCAUUUCAUUAUGAAUCCUGGAGAAUUUGGACAUCUGCACUCUAAACAUUCACUUGUCCUGAGUGUUUUGGAGUGGGGAGUGUAAGGAGGUCAAGAUGGGCCACAAGGACUCCUGUUCCAGUCCUUCGAAUUGUCCUGUUGACAAGUAAGCAGAGUUUCCUUAUCACUCUGGCCACCUGCCUAAACAGUUUUUUGUUUUUUGGGUUUUUUUUUUAGGAUGAUCAAUAUCAAAUUUGGUUCUUCAUUAAAAAAAAAGGAAAAAGAAAAAACGCUUUCUUUCUUGUUCAAGUUAGACACGGAUUAUUUCAUUUAAAGUUUUCUUCCUAAUGUAAAAGGGAUGAUUACUAUUUGAUAUCUCCCCAAGAAGAAGAGACACCAAACUGGCUAAGAUUCAGUUUAGAAGGAGGCAAAAAUUAUUUUCAAUUUUGUUUUAGAAAAAGACUAUAUGCAGGGGAAACACUUAAGCUAAGUGCUCUUUAUAUCACAAGAUGCAGUCAUAUUAAAAUCUAGAAUGUAUAUCAUGUUACCUUGGAGUCAAAGCUUAAGUUUCUUAGUUUAUGAGGUGAUAUGGAGGGUCAGUUGACUCUCUAAUGCCAAGUAGGGUUUCAAAGUUUUGACAGUGAAUUUUCCAACUAAGGCUGAGUUUUAUUUUUGUUUGUUUCCCAUUUCAUUUUGAUAUUUCAAGUGACGUCAUUUCUGUUUUCUAAUAAGUUUACUUUGUAAAAUUUGCUGCCACUAUACUUGGAAAAGUAAUAGAAGACAGGCAAACGGUCCAUACUAUAAAGGUAAAAAGGAACUGAUCAUCAUUUCAUUAUGCAUCUUGGAGAGUUUGGACAUUUGUACUCUAAACAUUUGCUUGUCAUGAGUCUUAUUCUGAUGUCUCUUGGAAAAGACCGUUUGCCCUUGAGGUAGGUUAGACAAGUCCUUCCAAUGUGCUACUAGAAUCUAGACUGAGCUCAAGGAGUCCAAAAGGAAGCAGGUGUAGAGAUUCUCCCCUAGUGUUUUAGGUCUUUGGUUGGUUUCUAUUAAGCCCUGUGGAAAAAUUUUUCAGGGAUGGAAAGCAGGGUUGCAACCCAGCACUGUUGGUGAACUUGGUGCCUCCUCUCCAAUUGAUGUUAAUCCCACUGUAACUUUUCAAAAGCGUGAACAAACCAAUAAGAUUUGCUUAUUGUCUCCCACCCACCACAAAUUUAUUCUUAUCUUUCCUUCCUUUUCUUUUUUUAGGAGGAUAUUUCUGAGUUAGUAAUGGAAUCAAAAAUCAAAGUAUAAAGAAAUAUAAAGUCACUCUUAAGGAGGGUAGAAGUAAUGUCUUCAUAUGUAAUUUUCCUCCAAUCUAAAAUAUGUAAAUUCAGUGACUUCUUUAUAGAUAUACUGAGGUUGGCACUAUUACAGCCCAAAUCACACAUGUAUGUAAACACCUGUACACACAUGAAAUGUUAACAGCAGACAGAAAGAAAUUAAAAGAUGAUAUUUCUUUUUUCAUAGAGAAAGCAUUCAUUAGAGUUUCGGUACCAGGUGAUUUAUGCUAUAACUCAGUUUGGUUCUGUAAUAGGUAACUAAAUGGGCUCCAGAAAAUGACAAACCAUAACAUAUUUAUAUAUUAAUUUAAAAAUCAGGAUAAAUCAUUUUCAACUUUAUGAGAUAAUUAUUUCUCAAUAUCUAAACUUUUACUUGGAAUACAUAAAUGCCAAGAGCAUUUUUGAUGCUUUUCUUAUAUAGUGAAAAUAUGAAACAGGCAACAUUUUUAUUGUACUUGCUGUCCAUGAAAAGGAAUAAUAGUGUAGAGAGAAUUAAAAGAAAAAGAAACAACUGAGAUUAUGUGAUGAGCCACAGGAAUCUAAAUGUAAUGCCGGAGGAGCACAGUUUGGCAAACCACUUCUCAGCUGUGAGAGUUCAGAGUGGGUCUGCUCUGGAGCCCUGGAGCUCAGAAUGAAUUUUCAUCUUUUUAUGGUUUCAAAGUAUUGAACAUAAUCAAAGAAGUACAUGCAAUAGAGAUGUAUGUGGCCCACAAGGUCAAAUAUAUUUGUUAUCCAGUCCUUCAUAGAAAGCUGAACUCUGCAACAUGGGAAUUUGAAGGGCGUCUGUUCCAAGAUGGGUAGAUAAUGUAAUCAAGUCCAUUGUCCAUCAUCAAAUAAGUCAUCAAGAUUGUUAUGAAAAAUUAAGAUAGGUUUGUUUGAGGCUUACAAUAUUUAUGGAGAGGAGAGGAAAGAAUAUAAUCAUAUCAUUUCUCCAUUAUUUGUAUUUCCCUUAUCUUACAGAACUGACAUGCUCAGUAAUAGAGAUACAAUUAAUAUGGCUGAACUCCUUAAUCUCAGGAUAGAGAUAACAAUUUUAUAAGUCUAUGAAAUAAUGAGAACAUUAUUAAUACUCAAAAAAUUAGCACCAGUUAAAUUUUCUCUUAAAAUAAUUUUCAAUAUUAAAUUUUGAAGUAAUAAAGCAGAUGCAUAUUUCCUUAUUUUUUUUGGUGGUUUGACUUAUGAAGCCCAAGCCAUCAUUCUAGAAUAUUUACAUCAACAUAAAAUUUCCAAGUAAAAAUUUUCAUCUGAAAAUAAUACAUAAAUGAUUUUGCUACGUCACUUUAGGAUUUUACAAAAUAAUUCACAUUUAGAAGAAAAAAAGUGUUUUUUUUAGCUCUAAAUAAUUAAAGAUUGCCUAAACUAAUGUGUGUAAGUAGAAUUAACUGUAUAUAUGUAAGGAAAGCCCCAAUUAUUGUACAUUUUCAUAAUUCAAUGUGAAUUUCAUACAAAGCAAAGUAUCACCAUUAAGAAAAUAAACAUUUUGUUCCUAUCACUGACUGAAUAUUUGUAAUUUCUAUUUAAGCCACUUCUAGAUUUUGGAGGGAAUCCUCUACUGAGCUUUUAAGAUAAGUGCCUUUUAUUUAUUUAUUUUUAUUUUUUGCAGUACCAGUUCUUUACAUGACCCUAUACUUCCUUAGGAAAGAAGUCUUUUAAGAAAAAUGAAUGCAUAUUUCAGGCUCAUCCUAUUUCUAACUAAAUAUUGUUUGUUUUUUU